AUGGCCACUCGCGGACGGGGUCAAACACGAACACGAGGAAGUAGAAAUGAGCAACCAGCUGACAAUCAUGCCGAAUUCAUGGCGGCAAUGAGAUCGGGCCAACCGGCCGGGACUGGAAAUAGCAACAGGAAUGGCGAAGGGAAUGCCAAUGAUAAUGUUGAGGGUAACGGCAAUAACACGGGAGGAGUUCUGAUGACCUUGGCGACGUUUCUCAAGGUUAAUCCGCCAACUUUUCGCGGAUCCACAAAUCCUACUAAAGCUGACCACUGGUUCCAAGCUUUGGAGCAUGCUUUACAAGCGCAGCAUGUUCCCCUCAAUCAAUACGUCGAAUUUGCCGCUUAUCAGCUAGCGGGAGAGGCCCAGCCUUGGUGGCAAGCUGAGUGUCAUUUGCUACAACUUCAGAACACCGACAUUCCAUGGGAGGUGUUCCAGACGGCUUUCUACAAGAAAUACUUCCCUGAGUCUACAAGGGAAGCAAAGGAAAUGGAACUAAUGUAG